CCCAGACGUAGAGAAAAACAAAAUCAGGCGCGGAGAGGCCGCUCGGCAUAACUUCGAAGCCCCUCAGUGAAAUAAUCAGCUAUGCAGGUGGCACAGAGAGGCCUGCAGGUGUUGGUGCCGGCCGCACAACACAUUUCACGGAGUCUGCCAGCACUCACUGUCACCUACAGGUGGGACACCAUACAGCAGCGCCUCCUGCAGACAGCAUCAGGAAAAGGCGACAAUGCCUUCCCUGCAAGGACCACUCAAAUCAGACAGGGGGCACUACAGGCACACCAGCUCGGCCUGGACCUGUCCGAGGAGACAGCCGCUGCGACGGCAGAGCUGAGUUUCGAUGAUCCGACACAGGCCUUCAAAACAAAAUCAACUUGGGAGAUUGCCCGGGCUCUACUGGUGCUGAGGCUGUGCUCCUUCGAUGUUCUGGUCGACAACAGUCUCAAGCUGAUGAAAGUAGGUCAAAGGUUUCUGGGUCGGAGGUUAUUCGAAGCCGUGAUGCGUGCGACGUUCUAUGGCCAGUUCAUCGGAGGCGACUCGGAGAAAGAAAUCGAAGCGACCGUUCGCAGACUUCUGCACUCCGGAAUACAGACCUUGCCAGCGAUAACCAUAGAGGAGGAUAUUGGUGAUGAGAUUGUCAUCAGAGAGGAGUUUUACGACUCUGCGACCCAGUUUUACCUGGACUCCAUCCGGCUGCUGGCCAGGCUGUCUGACUACGUGGAAGUUCCGCUGUUCCAACUCAGAGUCACGUCAUUCCUACAUGCAAACCUGCUGGUGAUCAUGAGUAAACACCUGGAUUCAGGCUGCCCAGAGUUGUCGGUGGAGAACCUUGCAAGUGGCCUGGCUGAGGAUAACCAGAAUUUCCAUGUAUCUGUGCUGACGGACCAGGAGAACGACCACCUGCGGAACACGUUGCGCCGGAUCCACGCCGUCUGCCGCGAGUGCGCCGAGCGGAGAAUCUGGCUCACGGCCGACGCGGAGUACACGUACAUGCGACCCGCCAUGACACAGCUCAUGCUCGCUGCCAUGUUCAAGUUCAACAGGGACCAGCCACUCAUAUGGAACACCUACCAGUGCUACCUCAAGGGUGCGCAUGAUUACAUCACUCGAGACAUCCAGCUGGCCAAGGACCUCGGCAUGUGCUUCGGGGUCAAACUCGUGCGCGGGGCUUACAUGGACAAGGAGCGCGCACUGGCCAAGAAAAAGGGCUACGAAGACCCUAUAAACCCCACAUACGAAGCGACAGGAGAGAUGUACCAUCGACUGCUGGACACCAUGCUGGGGGAGAUCAGUACCCAGGGCCAACGAUGCAGACUCAUCGUCGCUAGCCACAACGAGCAAUCCAUCAAGUAUGCAGUCGCAAGGAUGAGAGACCUGGGUAUUGAGAAGAAUGAUGGUCGUGUCUGCUUCGGUCAGCUGUAUGGGAUGUGUGACCAAGUCUCCUACCCACUGGGCCAGGCCGGGUAUGCGGUGUACAAGUCCACGCCGAUCGGCCCCAUGGAGACCACGCUAGCGUACCUUCAGCGUCGGGCGCUGGAAAACCGCUCGGUCCUGAGCGGGAUUCGCAAGGAGCGCGACCAGCUCUGGAGCGAGAUGAAGAGGAGGAUGGUUCACCCACGUUCCUGGAAAAACGUCUGAAAAAUGUCUGUGCAAAAGGCAAGACCAGGUCUAC